AAUUCCGCCAUAUUGAUCACGUGGUUGUGUGAUAUCACGUGACAUGUGCAAGUUUAUGACGUCAAUCGGAACACGGUAAGAACAAAAUGGAGGAGUACGCAAGGGAGCCGUGUCCCUGGAGGAUUGUGGACGACUGUGGUGGUGCUUUCACCAUGGGGGCGAUCGGAGGAGGGAUCUUCCAGGCCGUGAAGGGCUUUCGAAAUUCACCUUCUGGCAUGAGCCACAGGCUUAGAGGUAGCGUGACGGCCAUCAAGACCAGAGCUCCUCAGCUGGGAGGGAGCUUCGCUGUGUGGGGCGGCCUCUUCUCCAUGAUCGACUGCGGCCUCGUCCAGGUGAGAGGCAAAGAAGACCCCUGGAACUCCAUCACCAGUGGAGCCAUGACCGGCGCCAUCCUCGCUGCUAGGAAUGGCCCUGUUGCCAUGGUAGGCUCGGCUGCCAUGGGCGGCAUCCUCCUGGCGUUGAUCGAGGGAGCGGGCAUCCUGCUCACCCGGUUCGCCUCCUCACAGUUCCCCACAGGUCCCCAGUUUGCGGAGGAGCCAGCGCCCAUGCCAGCGCCAUCCUUCGGAGACUACAGACAGUACCAGUGAGCCCCCUCAACCCCUGGGGCUUUUUUUUUAUACCAUGAACUCGAGACUGGGACGCCCUCACCUCACCAACCCAACCCAACCCAACCGUGGGAAGUCCUCAAACGCUACCAUAAAAUCAUGGGAUUGUGACCAGAGAGAAAAACACACACACACACACACACACACACACACACACAUAUAUAGACACUUUUUACUUUAUACUUUAAGCUACCCACAGAUCGCCUUUUUUGCUCCUCGGCCUUGUGUUUUGCUCGGUAGUUCAUCCCCCUAUCAGCUGAAUGUCCUUCCUCUGGACCAAGGAGUUGCCUUCAGCCUGAGUCUCUGCAAGUGUGUUCGGUGUGUGUGUGUGUUCCCAGAUGUCUACGCUUGACACACACACACACACACACCCCGGCUGGCUGAAGCAGGCAGCGACUCCGCCGUGCUGCGGUGGUCAUGUUGUGUUCACUCGUAAUGUUUUGUGUUCUGUACAUAAAGGCUGUCUGCAUGCGUGA